GAGAUAAUCCAAAGCGAAACUAAAGUCGUGCAGACAUUGGGGUACUUGCCUCCUCCUUUUAUUCGAAUAUACAUUCCUGUAUUUAUUAUAGGAUAAACAAUUUAAGUCGACGAAAAUGAAAUGGAAGACGUAUGGAUUUGUCCUUCUCUUGGACAUUAUGUUCUGGCUGAUACUCUUUGCCGAACUGGUGUUGCUUCAGUUCCCAAGUUGUGGUGGAUUGCCUGGUUUGUGGACUUUUGCAGUAUUAAAAAUUAUACUAAUUAACACAUGGACCGUUUAUAUUGACGACAAACCCACACCUGUGGUGAAAAGGUUCGUGACUCUCGUGUGCCUAUUGCUUCCUGUCUUUGAAAGUGUUCGAACUCUAGUUGGGUUUUCUACUUUUAACGGAAGACCAGUCCCUACGCUUGGUAUGAUCGCAUUGGCCCAGAUCUCCUCCAUCAUAGCAUGUGCGUUUUGGGAGAUGGAUUUGACCCAUGGGCAGAAGAAGAAAGGAGGUCAAAAUCUCGGCUCAACGGCGGUGCUGAAGAGGGUGCUGAAAUACUUCAUGCCGGACCGCCUCUACCUUAUGUUUGCCUUCUUCUUUCUCAUCCUCGGCGUGGCUUGUGAUGCAUACAUCCCACUGUAUCAGGGAAGAGUCAUUGAUAUGCUGCGAGGUCAGCUCUAUCAAACACACUUUCUGAAGAACCUUGGAUGGCUAGCCCUUUUUUCUCUUGGAAGCCCUCUGUUCGCUGCGCUGAGAGGAGGCACGUUUAUGUGGAUCUUGUCCAGGCUGAACCAGAGGGUCAAGGGACUGCUGUACAGCAAUCUGCUGCAGCAGGAGAUACAGUUCUUUGAGGACAACAAGCCUGGAAGCCUGGCCUCCCGUCUGCAUUCGGACGUGGACAAGAUGGGGAAAACCGUGGCGCUGAACUGUAACCUGUUGGUACGCAGCACCAUCAAGGGCGUCCUCAUGCUGCAGCUGAUGGUCAGGCUGUCCUGGCAGCUCACCCUGCUCACCGUGGUGGAGAUGGGUCUCCUGAGCCUCAUUCAGAGCCAGUACAGCGUGUACAGCAAGGAAAUGAAGGAGGAGCUGCAGGACUGCCAGGCGGAGAACAACCGGCUGGCCACCCAGACUCUGGGCAACAUCAGGGUGGUCCGCAGCUGCGGGGCGGAGCCCUACGAGGCGGGGGUCUACGGCCGGGCGCUGGACCAGAUGAGAGACCUCAAGACACGCAUGGGACUCUACAGCGCCACCUUCCUCGUGCUGCGAAGGCUGCUGAACGUGGGGAUCAAGGUGCUCAUCCUGGUCCAGGGCCGCUCCCUGAUCUCCUCUGGUCAGAUCACCGUGGGUGACCUGCUCGCCUUCUUCCUGUACCAGGGACCUCUCUCAGCAAGCAUACGGGAGUUCCUUUACGCCACUGGAGAGUUCGAGAGCACCGCGGGAGUCAUCGCCAAAGUGUUGGGUUACUUGGACCGAACGCCCAACGCCAAACCGGCAGGACGGCUGGCCCCCGAGGCACUGGCAGGCGGAAUCAGGUUCCAGAACGUGACCUUUGCCUACCCGAGCACCCCUGAUAAACCCGUACUCAAGUCCCUCUCUCUGGAAGUACGCCCGGGGAAGAUGACGGCUCUAGUGGGUCCCUCUGGCGGAGGGAAGACGUCCUGCGUCAGCCUCCUGAAGAGGCUGUAUGAACCUCAGGACGGACAGAUCCUGCUGGACGGACAGCCGCUGCACAGCUACCAACACAAAUACCUCCACCAGAAGGUGACCCUGGUGCCCCAGAACCCAAUCCUGUUCUCAGGCUCGCUGGGGUCCAACAUCGGUUACGGGCUGGAGAACUGCACCCUGGGAAUGUUGAAGGAGGCAGCGAGGAGAGCCAGCGCAGACGGCUUCAUCGAGUCGCUGGAGCAGAAAUACGACACAGACAUGGGGGAGUGUGGCGUGAAGCUGGGGGCGGGGCAGAGGCAGUGCGUGGCCAUCGCCAGAGCUCUGGUCCGGACGCCCCGGGUCAUCAUCUUGGACGAGGCCACCAGCAGCCUGGACGCAGACGUGCAGCACGCCGUGGCGAGGCAGCUGCGGGGGCAGGGUGUGACCCUACUGGUGGUGGCCCAUCAGCUGAGGACGGUGGAGGAGGCGGACCACAUCGUGUUCAUGGAGGGCGGGGCCAUUGUGGAGCAGGGCACGCACCCGGAGCUCAUGGCCAGUAGAGGCCGCUACCACCGUCAUGCCAUGUUCCACUAGAGGCCCAGCGCUUCUUCUGCACUCGGAACAUCAACAACGCGUUAUCCACGAUAUUUAUGUGAUGGAGAAACGUACUUUCAUUUCAUUUUCAUUGAAAAGUUUAAAAACUGAUGUUAAAAACAUCCUGGGUUACAUUUACAUUCAGGGCAUUUAGCAGACGCUUUCAUCCAAAGCGCCCUACAAUAAGUACAUUUGUCAUAAGAGGUGAAACAAUAUGUCGCUGUUGGUACAGUAAAGAUGUUCAUAGAAAGUUCAAUACAACCUACAUUAAGUGCGUAUAAUAAGUGUACAUUAAGUGCGUACAAUAAGUGUGUACAUUAAGUGCGUAUAAUAAGUGUGUACAUUAAGUGCGUGUAAUAAGUGCGUACAUUAAGUGCCUGGGCGUACAUGGGCAUACAACAUACAUUGGUGGGCAGACUGGAUUUCUUUUUUUGAGUCUUUUGCGGAUGCUGGUGAGCGACUCUGCGAUCCUGACAUCGGCAGGGUGCUCGUUCCACCACUGAGGUCCCAAAACAGAAGAGUUUUGACUUCACUGAUCGACCUUUGCUUGCUUGUAGCGAUAGCGGUACCAGACGUCCAGCCGAGGUAGUUCAGCGGAGGGAUCGAGCUGGGCCGUGUGGCUUGACCAAUGCUUGGAGGUAGUUCCAUCGACCGCCUUGUAUCCCAGGGCCACCAUCUUGAAUCUGAUGCAAGCUACUACAGGGAGCCAGUGGAGGUCCCGGAAGAGGGGGGUCACAUGAGAGAAUUUAGGUAGGUUGAACACGAGGCGCGCUGCCGCAUUCCGGAUACGCUGCAAAGGUUAAAUCUCAGAGGCAGGGAGUCCUGCCAGGAGGGAGUUGCAAUAGGCGAGGCGGGAGAUGACCAUCACUUGGACUAGGAGCUGAGCUAGGGGUUGAGUCCAUAUCCAUACUUAGAUCAUAUUCUACCUGAUUAAAGAUGUUCUGAUUUAUACGCUACCUUUCCCGCGGUUAUGUUUAGCUACUCAUGUUUUUUAUCUUUUUUUGUGUUCUUUUAUUAUUUCUUAUUUUUAACAAAACACUAAAACGAUGUUUGCAUAUUGAUCUGUAGAUUGUAUAAAAAAGAAAUAACAACGCUUUUUCUAUUAUAAAAUGUUUGAUUCUAUUUCUUUACGAUUUUUUGUGUUUUUCAUUUUUGAAUUGAUGAUAUAUGAUGUAUUUUUACAUUUAAAAAACUACUUCAAACGUAUUGGAUGGCAUCCGGCUCCUCAUCAGGCACUCACAUACAUGUAGGGGUAAGCGGGGCUUGGCUUCAAGUUUAUCGCAGUAAAACGCGAAACAAUAAAACAGAAGCACUCACUAAAUGUAAGGAAAUGCUAGAAUGUCAGGCUCUCUCAGCAGUGCAAAUGGCUGGUUCCACUGAAGUCUGGAAGAAAAGUUAUGCUGGGUGUCAAACAAAUUGCAGGCUUGAAUACAUAUUCCCUGAUAAUCUUC